GUCCCAUCUGAUGCCGAGGCUGAAGGAGUCUCGCUCCCACGAGUCCCUGCUCAGUCCCAGCAGUGCGGUGGAGGCACUGGACCUCAGCAUGGAGGAGGAAGUGGUCAUCAAGCCUGUGCACAGCAGCAUCUUGGGCCAGGACUACUGCUUCGAGGUGACGACGUCAUCAGGAAGCAAGUGCUUUUCCUGUCGCUCAGCAGCCGAGAGGGAUAAGUGGAUGGAGAAUUUGCGGCGAGCAGUGCACCCCAACAAGGACAACAGCCGGCGUGUGGAGCAUAUCCUGAAGCUGUGGGUGAUUGAGGCAAAGGACCUGCCAGCCAAGAAGAAGUACCUGUGCGAGCUGUGCCUGGACGAUGUGCUCUAUGCCCGUACCACAGGCAAGCUCAAGACGGACAAUGUCUUCUGGGGCGAGCACUUUGAAUUCCACAACUUGCCGCCCUUACGCACGGUCACUGUUCACCUGUACCGGGAGACAGAUAAGAAGAAGAAGAAGGAGCGCAACAGCUACCUGGGGUUGGUGAGCCUGCCAGCCGCCUCAGUGGCCGGGCGGCAGUUCGUGGAGAAGUGGUACCCGGUGGUGACACCUAAUCCCAAGGGCGGUAAGGGCCCCGGACCCAUGAUCCGCAUCAAGGCACGCUACCAGACCAUUACCAUCUUGCCCAUGGAGAUGUAUAAGGAGUUUGCUGAGCAUAUCACCAACCACUACCUGGGGCUGUGUGCAGCCCUUGAGCCCAUCCUCAGCGCCAAGACCAAGGAGGAGAUGGCAUCUGCCCUGGUGCACAUCCUGCAGAGCACGGGCAAGGUGAAGGACUUCCUGACAGACCUGAUGAUGUCAGAGGUAGACCGCUGCGGGGACAAUGAGCACCUCAUCUUCCGGGAGAACACGCUGGCCACCAAGGCCAUAGAGGAGUACCUCAAGCUGGUGGGCCAGAAGUACCUGCAGGACGCCCUAGGUGAGUUCAUCAAAGCACUGUAUGAGUCGGAUGAGAACUGCGAGGUGGACCCCAGCAAGUGUUCGGCCGCUGACCUCCCAGAGCACCAGGGCAACCUCAAGAUGUGCUGCGAGCUGGCCUUCUGCAAAAUCAUCAACUCCUACUGUGUCUUUCCGCGGGAGCUGAAAGAGGUAUUUGCCUCGUGGCGGCAGGAGUGCAGCAGCCGUGGCCGGCCAGAUAUCAGCGAGCGGCUCAUCAGCGCCUCCCUCUUCCUGCGCUUCCUCUGCCCGGCCAUCAUGUCACCCUCACUCUUCAACCUGCUGCAGGAGUACCCUGAUGACCGUACUGCCCGCACCCUCACCCUCAUUGCCAAGGUCACCCAGAACCUGGCCAACUUCGCCAAGUUUGGCAGCAAGGAGGAGUACAUGUCCUUCAUGAACCAGUUCCUGGAGCAUGAGUGGACCAACAUGCAGCGUUUCCUACUGGAGAUCUCCAACCCUGAGACCCUCUCCAACACAGCCGGCUUCGAGGGCUAUAUUGACCUGGGCCGUGAGCUCUCCAGCCUGCACUCGCUACUCUGGGAGGCUGUGAGCCAGCUGGAGCAGAGCAUUGUGUCCAAACUGGGACCCCUGCCUCGAAUCCUGAGGGAUGUCCACACAGCACUGAGCACCCCUGGCAGUGGGCAACUCACAGGGACCAAUGACCUGGCCUCCACUCCGGGCUCUGGCAGCAGCAGCAUCUCAGCUGGGUUGCAGAAGAUGGUGAUUGAAAAUGAUCUCUCUGGUCUGAUAGAUUUCACCCGGUUACCGUCUCCAACCCCCGAAAACAAGGACUUGUUUUUUGUCACAAGGUCCUCCGGGGUCCAGCCCUCACCUGCCCGCAGCUCGAGCUACUCAGAAGCCAACGAGCCUGAUCUUCAGAUGGCCAACGGUGGCAAGAGCCUGUCCAUGGUGGACCUCCAGGACACCCGCACGCUGGAUGGGGAGGCAGGCUCCCCAGCGGGCCCCGACGUCCUCCCUGCUGAUGGGCAGGUGCCUGCAACUCAGCUGGUGGCUGGGUGGCCAGCCCGGGCGGCGCCAGUGAGCCUGGUGGGGCUGGCCACGGUGCGGCGGGCAGGCCAGACACCAACCACGCCGGGCACCUCCGAGGGCGCACCAGGCCGGCCCCAGCUGUUGGCACCACUCUCCUUCCAGAACCCUGUGUACCAGAUGGCGGCUGGUCUGCCACUGUCGCCCCGUGGCCUUGGUGACUCGGGCUCCGAGGGUCACAGCUCCCUGAGCUCCCACAGCAACAGUGAGGAGUUGGCGGCUGCUGCCAAGCUGGGAAGUUUCAACACUGCCGCCGAAGAGCUGGCGCGGCGACCUGGUGAGCUGGCGCGGCGGCAGAUGUCACUGACUGAGAAGGGUGGGCAGCCCACCAUGCCCCGGCAGAACAGCGCCGGCCCCUCCUCUUCCUCCAAGGGGGACAGCCCAGAGCUGAAGCCUCGCGCGGUGCACAAGCAGGGCCCUUCACCCGUGAGCCCCAAUGCCCUGGACCGCACGGCCGCUUGGCUCUUGACCAUGAACGCGCAGUUGUUAGAAGACGAGGGCCUGGGCCCAGACCCCCCCCAAAGGGAUAGGCUAAGGAGUAAGGAGGAGCUCAGCCAAGCAGAAAAGGACCUGGCAGUGCUGCAAGACAAGCUGCGAAUCUCCACCAAGAAGCUGGAGGAGUAUGAGACCCUGUUCAAGUGUCAGGAGGAGACGACACAGAAGCUGGUGCUGGAGUACCAGGCACGGCUAGAGGAGGGUGAGGAGCGGCUGCGGCGGCAGCAGGAGGACAAGGACAUACAGAUGAAGGGCAUCAUCAGCAGGUUGAUGUCAGUAGAGGAGGAACUGAAGAAGGACCAUGCGGAAAUGCAAGCAGCUGUCGACUCCAAACAGAAGAUCAUUGAUGCCCAGGAGAAGCGCAUUGCCUCGCUGGAUGCCGCCAAUGCCCGCCUCAUGAGCGCCCUGACCCAGCUGAAAGAGAGGUACAGCAUGCAAGCCCGUAACGGCAUCUCCCCCACCAACCCCACCAAAUUGCAGAUUACUGAGAACGGCGAGUUCAGAAACAGCAGCAAUUGCUAACCCGCCCGAGGAGAGGGGGACUGUGGUGGCCAAGGGCGGGGUCUCGGCCUGGGGCGGCCCCCACGGUCGCAGCCCCAGCGCCCCAGCGCGGGUGGUCCAGGAGGCCGAGUCUCCCCUCCCCGCCGCCGUCCAGGAGGCGGCUGCAGAGGGAGCCGCGAGAGACUGAAGCAGCGUGAGGCGGGGUCACCAGCCGCUCCCCCUGCGCUUCCUGCCCAGAGCGUGUGGGGUGUGGGCAGAAGAGACUGCACGCCGGGGAGCGGGGGCAGCCUGUGGGGUAGGGGCCCU